UACAUAGGGAGUUUUAUCGACUGCCCGAAAGUACUCUACAAGUAGCAAAAGUGUCCAAAAUACUAAUAAUGAUGGAAAAUGGAACCAUGGGUGAUAAUAAAGGAAAGUCUUUGGACGAGAUAGAUAUUCCACUCGAAGACAGUAAGUUUAAUUUCACAAUAUUUUUAUUACCUACUGUAAUCAUUAUUAUAUAUGGUAGUAUGAUGGCAUUAUUUUUUAUUUUCAAAGCGUGCGAUUGCAUGAUUACUUUCAAUGAUUAUUGUUCACUUUGUUGCAGCUGAUGAUGAAGGUGAUAUGAUGGGAUUAUUUAGACAAGAUGCAGUUACUGCUGGUGAUGAAAGUGGUUCCUUAGAGGAAAUUAUCCAAGAUAUACCCAUAGGGCCAUCCAGUGCAGUUGUUAGCAAGAAGUCACAUAAAGUUACAAAAAAAAGGGAUUACUCGACAAGACAACCCUGGACUGUAGAGGAAAAGACUGCUGUUUUAGAAUAUUUCAAAGAUCACAUAUGGUCAGGUGUCACACCAAACAAAACCCAGGUUGAAGAAGCACAGAAGAUGUUUCCAAUUUUAAUACAACGGUCAUGGUCCAACAUUAAAGACUUUGUAAUAGCGGAAAGACGAAGACUAAUUAAAAAACUACAGAAAUAACAAUAAUUUAAAAAAGUGGAGGUAGGAUAAAAAAGUGAUAUAAACACUUCAAGAAAGAUAUUGAAUGUUAAUAUUACUUUUAUUAUUAUUUCAUAACAAAUCAGAAAGACAACAACUUUUGACUACAUUAUUAUCUAUUUUCAGCUCAAUUUCGUAACAUUUAAUUGAAUUCAAUUCAAACUUUCAAAAUGCAUUUCCAUACAACAGAAAAUUGGAAGGAAAAUAAGAUAAUAACUGCGUAUCAACAAAUAUCAUUCUCUAUAUUUAUUACGAUGUUAUUUCAACUAGUGGAACAGACAAUUACAACUGGCUAUAGCAUGUGUCAAAUUUGUAUUUUUGAUGUAUACUCAACACACAUAUCUAAUGAAGACUAAAUACAAUAGAAAAGGCUGGUCUUUCGCAAGACAGCUGUGGUAGGCCUGGAUAGUGACAGAUAACAAAAAAAUCAAGGAAUAUGUGUGAUGGACAGAUUGACUGAAAAGUUAAUUAUAGCAUGGAGGUAUUAUUGAGAAGGAGAUCACUCGAAAAAGCUCCGCGCGCGUAACGCUAUGCAAAUGAGCCAAGAACAAAGGUGCCGCAGCACGUGAAGAACAUUUACGCGAUCCUUUGAUGUCCAAUGUGUUCCCCGCCACAAGUUGCUCUGCGGGAUUAGUUUAGCAAAAAAUUGAACACGGCGAAAUGGAGAGGCCUUUCUUUUUUCAAUGCACACUGCUUACAGUCAAUCGCUACGGAUGCGCAAUAAAUUCCACCUUAAAGCUAAUACAUUUAUCUUUAAAACAAUACCAAACAUAUUAAUAUUUUAUACAAAAAAGAGUUCAGAAUUUAAUGAACAUUUACACGUGCCUUAAAAGUAUGGUAUAUUUCAACUUAAAUUUUCAUAAAUUGGAUAAAACUUGAUAAUUCUAAUUUUAACAUUAAUUAAGGAAUGAUUUGAGGAUUA